CUGCACCUGAGUGCCUGGGGGCGGUCCCUAGGCCGGGAGAGGGUAGCAGAGCUCAAGGCCACACCUGCUGUCCCCACACCCCCUCCUGACCCAGGCUGGCGGCUCCGGGGAGGUUUAAACACUGGCCUUGGUGGCUGAGGGAGGAAGUGAGAAUGAGGCCGGGGCUGCUGGUGCUGGUGCUGGUGCUGGUGCCAGCUUCGGGGUCCCAGGUGCAGGAGGGGCACCCCAGGGAGUCCCACACCCUCAACUGGGACAAGUUUUCAGGAUUCUGGUACAUUCUGGCCACUGCCACUGAUGCCCAGGGAUUCUUGCCGGCCAGGGACAAGAGGAAGCUGGGGGCAUCCGUGGUGAGGGUGCACAGAGUGGGCCAGCUCCGGGUGCUCUUCGCCUUCAGCCGGUCAAAGGGGUGCCAGUCCCAGGAGGUGACCCUGAGGAAAGACGGGAAGAAGCCGGUGUUCAGGAACACCUUGAAAGGGGUGAAGGGCUUCCACGUGCUGUCCACUGACUACAGCUACGGCCUGGUCUACCUCCGCCUGGGGCGCGCAGCCCGGAACUACAAGAACUUGCUGCUCUUCGACAGACAGAAUGUUUCCAGCUUCCAGAGUCUGAAGGAAUUCAUGGACACGUGUGACAUUCUGGAGCUUUCCAAGACCGCGGUCAUGCUCCCGAAAGAUGCUUCCUGUGCACACACCAUCCUGCCAUGAGAGCCAGCGUCCUCUGCUCUUUCCUUUUGACUUGUGAUCCUCCCAGAUCCCGGGAGCAUUGUUCCAGACGACAGGAGGAGACCACGCUUGUUGAGAGUCGUUUGGUGACCAGGUCAUGGAUGGUGUGAAACUUAAGGGGCUCUAACCCAAGAGGGAUCCUUUAUGAAAGAUGAGGGGGGAUACACACUGAUGGGGGGGACGUCAGCCAGGCCCCUUCCCUGGAGUCCUCUGGAGCACACUGCAGGCUGCUGUUCCUUGACCGCCGUGAAACAGACCACAGGCCGGCCCAGCAUACCCUCUCCGGGUGCCUUCCCUCUUCCGUCCACGCUGCCACUGCCCUCUGUGUUCCUUGACAUCCUGCACUUUAUCAGGAAGCCGUCUGGGUGCCCACCAAACAUGGAGGAGCCCCCCUGACACGCCUGGCAGCGUGCUAGUGCCCGCCGCUGCGUUCGGGAGCAAAAUCAGCAGAGUUGAUGCGUGAUCAGGAGAGCCAACCUCAGCAACACGAUCAGCCGGAUACUCCAGUAGAGACCCCAGAGGUGUGUUAGGGGCGGCCGGGCCCAGCAACUGCAGGCCUGACUCACUGCACCCAGGGCAGCCCGGGGAGAGCUUCCGGGAAGCAGCAUUUGGGCUGACCCGGGAAGGGUGCUGGGCGUUAGUCAGUUUGGGAGGGGCUGGGGGAGCAGGGGCGUAUCCCCAGAACAGGACCUGACUUCUGAGAAGACAUCAGAGUAGAGAAAAUGGCUUCUCCAGGAGACUGGGGACGCCGGCGUGAGAACGGUGGGGCGGUGGGGGGUGGAGAGCCA